CAGCGAAUGUCAUUCUGAACUGAGCCAUGGUGAAGGGCAAAAUCCCUUAGCACCCUACUCCUAAGUGUUUACUCAGAGUGAACAUGCGCUGAUUUCAGUGCCGCCUUCUUCCCAAGAGGUUUGCUUUAGGAUCAGAGGAGCCUUCAUUGGUGUGAAUUCUUUGAGAGGGACCAACUCCCUCCUUGGCUUUGCAGAGGGUGAUUUCUUCUGCCCACAAUGAGGGAAAGUUCAGCGGGAGGCUCCUCUUCCCUGUCUCGAGACAGGUGGAGGAGCUGCAACCAGGAAGUAUUUGCCUUCCUACCUGGCCAAGCAAGCAAGCAGCCAGCCAGCCAGCCACCCCCACUUCUGCUCCCGGCAUGUUUCAGGGAGGCUCUCGCGCCUUUGCCCUCUAGAGAAAGGGCCCUCGCCUUGCUUGCAGCCCAGCUCGGAGACCAGCGCCUGCAAAAUGCUUGGCUAGCCUGGAGGAGUCUCUUCGCAGUUACGUUUCGCUGCUCUUUCACCUCGCUGCAUCAAUGGCUCCUCCGUUGCCAAUGAGAGCAGAGUUGGAAGCAUCCCUGAAGCUUUCUUCCCCUUCCAUCGGGGCUGUGGGGUCUGUGGUCCUCAUGGUCCUCAUGAUCCUUCUACUGCUUCUCUGCUUCCGCUUAAAAAGGAAUAGAAGGCAAUUGUCGACCAGAUCUUUUAAGAUGGACUCGAACACAUCAGAGCUCAUCCGCAUGACUAAACUAGAAGCUGAGCUGAGUCCAGAAGAGAAGCCUGUUGAAGGAAGAAAAAUGCACAAAGGUAGCUCACUCCCCAAUCAUCAAGCUGAGAAGCAAACAAAUGGAUUUGCUGCAGACCUUCAGCCAGAAAAUUCUAACUUUCCAAGGGACACAAAUGCGGCUAGUCCAGGUCACCGAAGGACAGAGAAGUCCAGAAUGUCAGAUUUGGACCCUCUGGGAAGCUUGGCUCCACACAUGGCAUGUCCGAACCCAACAACCCCGGGCUCAUUGCAGUCUAGGAAGCUUCCAAUGACUCCAAAGGAGGCCCACAUCUCUAUAAUGGAGCCACUGAUUCAGAGCAUGGAUAGCCAAGUGUACGAAAGCAUCCAGGUUGAAGAGGGGGUAAUAUGUACCAGUGGUUGUUCGGAACCAAAGGAGGCCCCUAGAUUGCCAGCCAGAGCAAGGAAUCCCUUUGCAGAGUCUGCGGAAUCUGGUGGGAAGGAGAUAAGGACUCCAGAGUGGUCUAGUGGCAUGCCAACACAGCUGGUUGCAGCUCUACAGUGCAAUGAGUCGCAUCAGCAAUUGCAGGAAAUGACACUGGAAGAAGAGGCUUCCGUUCAGCCUGGGUCUGCCAUGGAGAAGAGGCUGAGUGAGAUGUAUGCUCGCGUUUGCAAGAAGCCCAAGGCAGCUCAGCCACUGCAAUCUGCAAACCAUGACAGACCCACAGAAGAGGAAGAGGAAGAACCUCCGCCCAUCCCAGAAAAACGUUUUGAGGACCUCUAUGAGAGCCUGAGCAUCGGUACAGAGAUGCAAGGAGAUGAGACGUCCUAACCCCACCACAUGCAUGAGCAGAGGAGGGAAAGGGGCACACUUGGAAGCAGACUGGAGCCCCCUAGAGUGGUUGAGGCUUCCUCUAGGCUUCUUGGAGGAGGCGAGGCCCCAAGCCUUCAUCUGGCACAGGAAGCAUUCCAGGAGCCGUGCCCAAGGGACUCCUGGAGCCAUUUUGUAUGGAGGUGGUGGGAGGAAGAUCUGUCGCUGGAUGCUCUGUGGGAUGCUGAGACAUUAAUGGCUAUUCAAGGAUUGCAUGGGUCUGUGCCUUGGUGUUUAUGGGAACAGGGGACCUCCCCCUUCUUCCACAGGAGUCAGAUGCACAGCAAACAUAUGACAUCCACUUUGAGAAAGUUUCCUUCUCAUGAUUAAUUCUUGGCUCACAAAGCUUUAAAAUGAAUGCUGCAACAUUUUUAGAACAUCAACAACUCAGCAUAUUUCUCUCUCCAUUCUAUGGACAUCCUGAGAGGGAAUGAAACUAUUCCAGUUUGCAACCCGGUAGAAGUAUUGCAAUUAUUCCUUGAGAGAGCGAGCAGAGGGGGAAACAAGAACAUAAAAUGUUUGACACCUUCAGACACCUAGAGUAUAUUAUCACCCCACGUCUGUAGGUCUCUGAAAAUUGUGAUUAACCAAUAGGAGUCCUUAAUGUCUGCUGGUCGAAACAGCAACUUGCCAGAUUUCUUUCUCUGCCCCCUCACACACCUCCCAGUGAGACAGUCCUGUCUGGAGAUGCCAAGAAUUGAACCCAGGAUCUUCUGCAUGGAAGACAUGUGCUUUACCACUGCAGCCUACCCCUUGUGUGUGACAUUUCACCGUUUCGGGUUUGAUGUUGUCCUUUGAUUCAUAAUUUUACAAAAUAAUUCAUAAUGAGUUUUCAGCUGCUGCAGUUAAGAAAUCAAAUAUGAAUCCAUAAAUUGCAGACUGUUGUCCACCCUCAGCAUUGCCCUUCCCCCAACCCCCCUGUAUCAAUGAGGCCAUUGUCUUCUGCCCUAAUUCCCCUCUCUUCUAAUUCCCUCCCCGCCACUCCAAUUGCUUUUCUGAAGGCUGACUACUAUCUCUUUUGCCAGUAACAAAGGGAGACUAUGUUGGCUGGGCCCUGGGCUGGAAACAAAGGAUGGCCAUUCAGAUUUAGGGCCCCAGGAUAAUCCAGAUGUUAUGGUCCUUGAUGGGUGAUCAGCUGCUAUUGAGCAAAAGAAACGUUGGCUGGAGACUAGGUGUUAAGAGGGUCAGCAGUAAUAUGAUAGAGCAUCAUUGCUUUGGGCAUACAAACACAUUUCUUUCGUCCUCGGCUGUUGUAUCUGGUUAAACAGGGUUUGCAGGUUUUUGAAAAGGUAGGUACCAAAGCCUAGAUGCCAGGUCUCCUGGAGGUGACCAUGAGAUGAGUGUUGAUAUCACAAUGCCUGUUUCCUGUCAGCUUUGACCCUCUGCCAAGCUGUGGUCUCGCUCUAGCUUCUGAGCGAGACCAUAGCUUCAAUCCUGAUCUGUGCACGUGUAGCAGAUUCAGACAGUGUCCACGCUAAGAAAAGGCUCCUGGGAAUGUGUUUCAACUGUGUCUGCAUUGGCAGUGACCAUUCAGUCACAUCCAACAUAGAGAUGUAACUGAAUUUCCCAUCCUCAGAGGCAGGAAGAAGAACUGGAGGCAGGCAAGCUCAGAGCAGAGUAUCGUGCAGGGAGACCAUGGGCAGUUUCUUCUGUGGGCGGUUCUUUGGGCUGGGAGAGAACUACUUGGCAUGCCAUGAGGAAGACACUGAUGAAGCAACGGAAGGUUCAACUGUACAACAAGUACUGUUGUCUGCAGCUGUCUUGCUUCAGCUCUGCAUGGUUGGCUGUUCUGACUGUGCUUCCCAUCAUCCUCUGCUCAAGGUAGAAAACUGUGGAAACUUUGCACUGGGUGCACUUGUAUCCUUCCUGAUGCAGACACCCAGCAGAAUUACUCCUCCUCAGAGGAGACUUCCUGGUGUGCCUCUGUCAAAGUUACCACUGCAGGCUUUCUUGCUUGCCGCUGGGAAAUUGUAUUUAUUUAUUUGAAAAUCAUGUAUAUCCUGCCUUUCAGGACCAACACAGCAAACACAGUUAAUUAAAACCAUAACAUGCAUAGCAAAAUCAAUAUCAAAAGCAGCAAUAAAACCAGACAGCAGCCAAAUUAAGACUACUGCCAAAAACAGUCAGCUAAAAGCCACAUGGAACAGAUGACUCUGAACAGCAGCUUUAAAAGCUACCAGGGUGGGGGCCUGAUGAAUUUUCUUGGGGAGGGAAUUCCAAGGCUGCAGCGCUACAGCAGAGAAAGCACCCACACACUGAAUGUGUACCAAAGGUGGACCAAAGAGGAGAGCUUGAGAGGCUCUCUCAAUGCCAAGGGAAGCUCCAACGGGAGAAGGAGAUCCUUCAGGUAACUGACUGCAGACCACAUCAUAGGCCAGGGUUUCUCAGACAUGAGUCCCCAGAUGUUGCUGGAUUACAACCAGUGUUCCCUCUAUCAGGGUUUCUCAGAUGUUGUUGACUACAACUCCCCGAAUCCCCAGCUGCAAUGGCUUUUGCUUGGAGAUUCUGGGAGUUGUAGUCAAUAACAUCUGGAAACCCCUGUUAGAGAGAAUACUGAUUACAACUCCCACAGUCGUCCCUGUAGUCCAAUACCCUCUGUGGACCCAAGUUUCAACCCCCCUGAUAAAGGCUUUAAAGGUUAAUACCACCACUUUAAAUUGGGCCCAGAAAAGAACGAGCAGUCAGUACAGUUGGUACAAAAUGGAUCUUAUCCUCUUGUGCUGUAUAGUCCCCACUAGCAUCCAAGUGGCUGCAUUUUGUACCAGCUGAAGUUCCCAAGGCAGCCCAUUAAAGAACUGUGCCUGGCUAAUAGGCUAUGCAGACUAGUAAGGCAGUUCACAUGAUCAAAAAAUUGGGUAGGACAAGCAUCGUACCCAGUCUUAGGAGUUGGGCACACCCAAUUUUCAAUCGUGUGAGCAAACAACUCGGUAGGAGGACUGGGGAGUGAUCAUAUGAGAGGAGCUGGGUAGGACUGAGCAGGAGAGCUCCUCUCUCUUGCAGGAGAACUCUCUUCAGGACGAGCAAUUCCUCCUCCUCCCUAGUUGUUUGUUCACACACAGUUGAAUCCUGGGAGCAUGCACAGCUCCAAAAGCUGGGUAGGACACUUGUGUCAGUGUGCUGGGGUGGGAGUGCAUGGGCUUCUCUGAGCGCAAAUUAUUCUUCCUUUUACACACACUAAACUGAAUUGUUUGGGACUAGCCAAACUUUGUGGCAUUGCCCUACAUAUUGCUGGUAUGAUCAGCCUUUGGGAUGCAAAGCUAAUGAGGGGAAAGUAUGGGCUGCAAGACAGCAGCAGCGCAAAAGCUGUCUCUGAGAAGCAACCACAUGGCGUGAAAGCGAUGGCCAUUAUCAAAAGAUGCCCCCUGUGAUUCUCUUGUCCAUCCACGGUUCACUGCCCUGCUGGCCUUCAGCCUCAGUCUGCCCUUCUGUACUUUCAUAAUUGGCUGGAUUUGAUCGUGGGGCAUUAUUGUCAAUUAGUGAUAAAUUAUAUUCCCAUGUGGGAUGUGAGUGCAUGUGUUUUCUUUCUUUUCUUUUUAAAAAAUGACUCUGGCCAUGGUAGGCCCUUUCCCAUCAAAUGAUGGAGAUGGUGAAGCGUUUAAAGAGGCAGGCAACAUCUCUAGGUGAAAAUACCCAGCAACCAUGCUUAGGAGGGGUGAAUUCUAAGCAGGCUACAGGGUUCUGAAGAAGCUGGUUUUUGUUUACUCACUGGGUCCAGCAGUUGCUUCACAUAAUUGAAAAGGAUGCGAUCUACCUGUGUCUCUCCAGCUGUUGUUGGACUCCCAUCACCUCCAGAAUGCAAUUUUGUGGCUGGGGAUGAUGGGAGUUGUAGUCCAAAAACAGAUGGCGAGCUUAAUGUUGACCACACCUGCGUUGGUUGUUUGCACACUAGCCCUUCGGUCGGGGAUUGCCAUCCUUUGUUCACUCACUUUUUAUGGAGCAUUUAGGUGUCACGGUUGGCCAGCUGCAUCCCGUUGUAUUAUGCACCAUGCUUUUUUCAUACCUGAUUUGUGGCAAUGUUUUUGGUAAUAAAACACAGUUGCAACACCAGCCUGUCCGGUGUGGACAGGCAAAGUGCUAUUAAAGCCUUUUAAGGGAUCCUGUGUCUUUUAAUUAAAACAAUUCCUGUUUGCA